UCACAUUUUAUAUCAAAUUAAUUUAUCGCAUAUUCAUCUACAUACAUAUACACAUCUCCAUACAUAUACGUACAUGUACAUAUAUACACCAAUACAUACAUAGAAGAUAUGUACACGCAUUAAUGUGAAAGUCGUUUUAAAUAUAGAAGACAAAAGAACAGAAGAAAGGAAAGAAAAGAAGAGAGAAAGUUAAAUAAAUGAAAAAAUACGUAAUAAUAAUGUCUACAUACUUUAUUUACUGAGUGAUUCUAUUGGUAUAUUUUUAGUAUUUUCCUUCAACAUUUCUAUUUCCGUCCUUGAUUCAACGCGGAAAUUUUUUUCUUUAUUUCGACAGAAUACGGUUUUUGUUGGAGGUUUAAAGAAUAUACUUAUAGUAGUAAUGUUUCUUCAAAUUGUAGAUAUCCUUUUUGACUGAUGGAUGUUGAUGGCUUCACAGAAUUGUUACACGAAAGAUUUUGCAGGUAAUGUGUUGCAACACUUUGAAAAAACGUCCGAAAAAUCUUCAUCGUUCUUGCAAGGAAUAUGGCACACGAAAAAACAGUUAUCCAAGAACAAAAACGUUCAGGAAGAAAAUGUCAAGGACAAUUAUGAAAACAAUCUGACAGAAACACAUACACCUUGUAUUCAAAAUAGUGUUUCACCGUUCAACGCAUUGGAAACAUGCUGUGAAAAUGUAGAUUUCUGUGACUCUUCAGAAAGAGAGAUCGGAAAGGAACUCGGUGAAAAAUAUGAUGAUAACGAUGCUACAGACUAUUUUGAUAGUGAUGACGAAUACCAGUCGUCUCUUAGAAAAACAUCGAGAGAACAACACAUUCCCUUUUUGUAUGGAGGAGACCAGUUUAAUGGAUAUGAGACGGAUGGAAGAUACAGCGAAGGCAUGGAGCAAAUCAGGAAUAUGCCGGUGUUCAUGAAAUCAAUCCAAAGGUUCGCCUUAGACAAUGAUUUUGAAAUAUGGAAUGGUCAAGCUGAUGGCAACUGUAUGUUCCGAUCAAUUGCAGAUCAAUUGACUAUAAACGGCUAUUUUGGACGUAACCCGGAACAACUUCGUCGAUUGGCUAUUGAAUACUUAAGGGAAAAUCCUUUGCAACAUGACGGCUGUCCAAUUGAAUCUUUCUUAAGUACCGAAAAAUGGGAUGAAUACUUAACCAGAAUGUCAUAUUCCAUGGAAUGGAGCGACCAUAUAAUGCUGAAGGCAAUUGUUGAUGCUCUCCAUCUAGAGGUGACCGUAUUUAACGUUUUCAGAGACGACGUUCGGCAUACAGUUGUCAAAUCAUCAAGAAAAAAUGUUCCUAUGAAAGAGUUGUCCAUCUACCUUGGCCAUCUUGGGGAAUUUCAUUACAUCAGCCUUCGCCCGAAUCAGUGGAGGAAAUUCUGGCCAUAUAGGGCACUUGUUCAUCGAAUGCUCUUCUGGUCUGACAGAAAUACAUCUAGAAUUGAUUCAACACAAAUCAAAGAAAAGUGUGCAUCUUUAGAAAACAUGAAAUUUGUAAAAGCAAAAUUGGAGGAUCAGUUUUCGUCGCUUCAACUUAUAGCGAAUUCCACGGAACAGAUGAACAAAGGGGAAAAUGAUCAAAGAUCACUGAUACAAAAGCACAACUUCCUGUCUUUUUUCAACACAUACGGCCUAGAUGAUAUUCAGCUCGAGGACUCAAACGGUGUUAUUCUCGCCAGUGUCUCAUUGAAGAUCCACUACAUGUUGACACCCUCACCGGGAUUCCAUUGCCUCAUCUCAGUCUCUUUAUUCGCCACGUAUUUGCCAAGGAAAUGAUCAUAGAAUACUCUUUGUUAACUAGGCCUAUAGUGAUUCAGGGGCAACUAUUUCAGUAUAUUGGGACAUUUGCGGUUGGCGAUAAUGUUGCACUUAAAGACUUGUCAUACGGAAGAAAACCAUUUCUAUUUCAGUGCAAAUUCACGAAGAAGGGUGCCACCGUUGCUGCUAUUCAGGAUGUAUUAAUACUGUUUGAACGUCAUUCUAUUCAGGGUGAUUCAGUAUCAGUAUUGCAUGCCGACUUCUGUGAUACACAUCCUGGUUAUUGCAGGCUACGACCAUUGAAGAUACAUUCAACCUUUCCAACUAGACAGGUUCCUGACCACGAUGGUGAAAUGUUCCUUUCAAAACCAGACCUCCCAUCUGGCAUCAGAAUUCCUCCGGGUACUCGCAAAUGUUAUCCCGGAUUUGUUUGUCAUACAUUCCCUCCUGUUGCAAGAGAAUGGAGUCAGCGCAAAAGGAAAUUUAACUGGCCAUCUGCGAUACUCGUCGAAAAGAUUUUGUCUGUAGGGACAUGUACUUUGAUCCCAAAAUGUCAUUCAGCAAGUUUGCAUCCUGAUAUUGAAUGGAAGUUAGACUUUUCGAUGGCAUACUCUUUCAUAUUUUCACUAGGUCUCAGUAAUUUUCAGAUCGAUGGAUAUUUUGUUCUGAAAAUUAUCAUCCAAGAGAUGAACUUGCAUGUUCCAAAACGACUGAAAAGGAAGCACAUCAUUUCCGUUUUUCUCAAUGCAUGCGAAGAUAUACCUCAAUAUAAAUGGGAGACAAAUUUCGCUGGAUGCCUUUUACAUACCUUAUCUUUGCUGAACAAAUUUUUGAAAAGAAAAUUUCUGCCCGACUAUUUCGUUGCUUCGAACAAUAUCAUAGAUUCGUAUAGCGACGAUGAGAUCAGAACACUCUGUGUAUACAUGGAGGCUAUUCGUGUUUUCCCCACAAUGACUAUUAGUUUUAUUGCAGAGAAAUACGGAUAUAGAUUUGGUGCAUAUUUUGAUAAAUAUGUUUCGAAAGGUUGUCCUGCGUUUCUGAAGUCGAGAGAUCUAAGCAAUGCAUUGAUGAAAACAUUCAUUCCAAUAACAUACGGAGUAUCAAGAUUUUUCGCUCGUUUGGGAUUCUAUAGAACGGCAUACCGAUUAAUUCAAGACGUAUAUGAAGACAUGUUGCUCACUCCCUCUCCUGAAGAAAAUGUGGGCGUGAACAAACCAAGCUUUGCCGAAUUUUUUGCAGAGGCCUUGCACAAGUUCAAACAAAAAACAUCAAAAGGAAUUCUAGCUCAGAUAUUUGAUAUGGAUCACAAGUCAGAUUUUGUGGCACGCUUUACGCGUUCUAAGACAGUAGGUGAAGUCGUUCCAUGGGAAGUUGAUAACAAGUUAGCUUGGAUGGAAAUGCCUGAAGUAAGUACAAGAGACUUUUCUUCCAUGGCUUCCUUUUUUUACGACCUGAGCUUUUCUCAAUACAGAAAGGAAAAUGUUGUCUUAGCAAGCAGUGCAAUUGAUACAGCGAUUCUUUGUCUUCGUCGUGCUAUUUCCGAAGAAUCUAUCAAUGAGGACGAAAUUGAGGACAUGGAACUAAAGAGGGAAAUAAUGGCACAGCAAAGCACAAGGAGGAACAAUCUGAAGUUAAGAUUGUUUGACUUUUAUGUACACGUUUAUUAUAUCUCUAAUUUGAAUAUAACUACGUUUCCCAUAUCAGACUACAUGCUGGCUGUUGAAGAAUUAUCAGAAGAAUUUCCGGAAAGGUAUGAAGUCGUUGCUCAAAUGUAUUAUUAUAUACGCCGAGAUGACAAAGGUCGUGAAUACCAGAGAAAAUUUAAUGAAUACUUUACAGGAAGGAAUAGGGAUGGAUUAGCACUAUACUGACCGAGUUUUCUAUAACUUUCAGUUUUAGAUGCAUUUUUAUUCUAAAAAUUAGUCUAUGUACCAGGAAAUAAAAUUUGUAAGUUUAAAAA